UCGCGUGCGGGAGCGUGCGGGAGCGGCGGCGGCAGCGGCGGGGCGAGCGCGAGCGGCGGGUCCAGCGUCCGGCGUCCGGGAGCGGCGAGCAUGGCCGAGCAGGAGCCCACGGCCGAGCAGCUGGCGCAGAUCGCCGCCGAGAACGAGGAGGACGAGCACUCGGUCAACUACAAGCCGCCGGCGCAGAAGAGCAUCCAGGAGAUCCAGGAGCUGGACAAGGACGACGAGAGCCUGCGCAAGUACAAGGAGGCGCUGCUGGGCCGCGUGGCCGUGUCGGCCGACCCCAGCGUGCCCAACGUGGUGGUGACGCGCCUCACGCUCGUGUGCAGCUCAGCGCCCGGGCCCCUGGAGCUGGACCUGACGGGUGACCUGGAGAGCUUCAAGAAGCAGUCGUUCGUGCUGAAGGAGGGUGUGGAGUACCGGAUAAAGAUCUCCUUCCGGGUGAACCGUGAGAUCGUGUCAGGCAUGAAGUACAUCCAGCACACCUACAGGAAGGGCGUCAAGAUCGACAAGACCGACUACAUGGUGGGGAGCUACGGGCCCCGCGCCGAGGAGUACGAGUUCCUGACGCCCAUGGAGGAGGCGCCCAAGGGCAUGCUGGCGCGUGGCAGUUACAGCAUCAAGUCCCGCUUCACCGAUGACGACAAGACGGACCACCUGUCCUGGGAGUGGAACCUCACCAUCAAGAAGGAGUGGAAGGACUGAGACGGACACGGACGGAGCCUCCCCGUACCAAAGUGCCGACAGGCCACUCCCCCGCGGCCCUGCCACUCGGCUCUGCCCGGCCCCUCAGCCCUCCUGUGCCCACAGCUC